ACCUCGGGUCAGAAGACAAGCAAGCGCGGGAAAAGAAAAUGCUGCUUCGGGUUUACAAUAGCAGUGCACCGUUUUCUUUCUCACUGGGGACUUUUAUCAAACACCUUCCGAUCACAAAAUUAAAAGCAUGUCCACCUUACAGAAUCAAUACCAAAACCCUAACUACAACGACAGCCAUUCACAGUUCUUCUCAUUUUGAAACCCUAAAUUCCCUCCAAAAAGAUCAAAUUCAACUCUACAUCGAUGCUCUUCUCGACUGGAACCAGAGAAUGAAUCUCACAGCGGUUAGAGAUGAAAAUGAAGUAAUGACAAGGCAUAUAGAGGAUUCACUAGCAAUGCUGUCUCCUAUAUGUAAUUCAUAUGUUUCGCAUUGUAGCUCUUCAAUUGACAAUCUUAAAGUUGUUGAUGUGGGUACUGGAGCUGGACUUCCUGGACUAAUUUUUGCCAUUGCCUGUCCAGGUUGGAAAGUUACUCUCUUGGAGUCAAUGAACAAGCGUUGUGUUUUUUUGGAGCAUGCGGUUAAUUUUUGUGGGUUGUCGAAUGUUGAAGUUAUAAGGGGAAGAGCAGAGAGUUUAGGGCAAAAUGAGUCUUAUAGAGAGCAAUUUGAUGUAGCAGUGGCCAGAGCAGUUGCAGAAAUGAGAGUUUUAGCGGAGUAUUGUCUUCCUCUAGUUCGGGUAGGUGGGCUGUUUGUCGCUGCAAAGGGCCAUGAUCCACAAGAGGAAGUCAGAAAUGCUGAAAAAUCAAUCCAACUGAUGGGUGCAUCUCUGUUGCACAUUUGUUCAGUCGAAUCACACAGCCCACAUGGACAGCGAACUGCCAUCAUGUCUGUGAAAGAUCGCCCCACUCCAAGGAAGUAUCCGCGCGAUCCAGGUACUCCAGCAAAAUUACCAUUGUAACUCCCAAUCUAUCUUAGUUCACUCUUCUGUGCUUAUUGCAUUCCCAUUAAAUGUAUUUAUGAAUUUACUCCCAUAUCUUCUAAAAUCAAGUAAAUAGGAUUUAUGAAUGUUUGAUCAUCGGCAAAAUAUCUGCUGGUUUGAUUGUUUAUUUGAUUUUCAUGGAUUUUUCUAAUACUUGUGAUUUUGUAA